AUGGAAUGUCCAGUGUGUCGGAAAAAGUUAAAAGACGAAGACUGGAUAAAGUUCUUGUCAUUUAAUUUCAGACAGAAACAACUUAUGAAAAACAAUCCUGAGCUGGUAAUGUUCCAACAUCGCAUUCUUCAACAGUUGAAUAUAUACGAACGAAAAAAUGAGAAUGGGAAAAUAAAACGAGAGAUGUAUUGCACCGUUUGCAUGAAGCGCCUUCAUUUCACCAAUAUUGCUGCAUUGCGCUGCUGUCAUACUUUUCAUCUUUCAUGUAUUUCGCAACACGUCAAAAAUGAUGGGAAAUGUCCAGUUUGUUAUAAGAAAGCUGAAGAAGACAGUAUCAUUCCACGUCUAUUUUUUGAGAUUGACAAAGAAGAUGACAAUAAUUUCAGCAUUAGUUACGCACAGUUGCGACAAUACAUUGCAUCGCGUUCUUGGCACCAUUGGAAGGGGUAA